AUGAAGGCAUCCUUCCUUCUCCCGCUCCUGGUGAGCGGCUCUGCUCUGGCUGGCGUGGUUCAUAAGCGUCAAAAGCCCUCGACUACUCCAUGCACCACCGCCACAGGUACUCCCAGUGUCCCUGCGGUCAGUAUUCCUAGCAAUCCCCAGUCUCAGAAACCAACAACGACAACAUGCACAACCGGUACCGAUAUUCCAGGACAUGAGAGUCACAGUUUCACGCUCCCCAGCGUCACAAUUGUCACUGUCGGCUCUUCAUCUCCCAGCGUGCCCAGUGUGACUGUCCCUCAAAUCACCGUCAUUCCAGGUUCCAGUGUACCUGUUGGCCCGAACCCUUCUACCUCUGCUCCAGCAAUCCCUUCAUCGAAUGUCCCAGGCGGCAUAGUCACCAAGACAACCACCUACACUACUACUACCUGCCCAGUUAUAUGGUUAACAGUAUCAGUGCGUACUACGACUAUUACCUCUGGUACUAGUGUUAUUACGCAAGCUAUUACAGGUACCAGCACCAUUGUUGUGACAGCAACUGUCACCUGCACCAAGGACGUCUGCAAACCACCUUCUGCUACUAUUUCUGUUCCUGUUGUUGCUCCCACAAGCACUCCUGAGGUUAUCGUUACCAAGACUUCCACCUAUACUACUACUACCUGCCCGGAAGAAGUCUCCACAACAACUUUUACCUCGGGAACCGCCGUUAUCACCCAGCCAAUCACUGGAACCAGCACUAUUGUAGUGACUGAAACAGUUACCUGCACGAAAGAGGUCUGCAAGCCACACACUGCUACAGCUACUGAUACUGCGACUGCUCCUCCUACCAGCGUCGCCCCUACCGGUGUUUCCCCUACAAGUGUUGCUCCUACUGGUGUUGCCUCCAGCUCUGCUCCUGUUCCUGUUGACACCACUACAACCCUUACCAAUGUUGCGCCGACCACUGUACCUGCUGUCGGAACGACUACCACACCUGAGGUCGUUGUCACUAAGACGUCGACGUAUACCACCACCACCUGCCCAGAAGAAGUUCACACUACAACAUUUACUUCUGGGACAAGCAUCAUCACUCAGCCAAUUACUGGAACCAGUACUAUUGUAGUCACUGCCACGGUGACCUGCACAAAGGAUGUCUGCCAACCGCAUACAACUACGGUUCCUGCUACGACUGAAACUGUUCCUCCUCCAACUAGCGUCGCACCUACGACGGUUCCCACCAGUGUCACUCCUACUAGUGUUGUGCCUUCAAGUGCUGUUCCCACGACUGUCAUUCCAACUACGGUCAUUCCAACUACUGCUGUCCCCACAAACGUUGCUCCCACUACUGCCCCUGUUGGUGAAACUAUAACCACUCCAGAUGUUGUUAUCACUAGAACGCAUACAUACACUACGACCACUUGCCCAGUCCAUACUACGACUUUCACUUCCGGCACCAACACAAUCACUCAGCCAAUCACUGGCACAAGCAUAAUUGUUGUGACUGCUACCGAGACUUGCACCAAGGAGGUCUGCCAACCGCAUACAACUACGGUUCCUGCUACAACUGAAACUGUCCCCAUUCCCGUCACUAGCACGGGGGUUGCUACAACUGCUCCUAAUUCCGUCACGGUCCCUGUCCCUGUAUCCAGUACUGGUGUUCCAACUGCUCCGAACUCAGCCCCCCCUUCUGAUACCGGUGUUGCCCCCACUUCAGUUGCUCCUACCUCUGUUGUUGUCUCUCCCCCAGGGACCACUACAGUUCCCGAAGGAGUUACGACUAAGACAAGGACGUAUACAACAACUACUUGCCCAGUUGGUACCACUACUUUCAUUUCUGGAACAAACACUAUCACUCAACCUGUGACCGGUACAAGCACAAUUGUUGUGACAGACACCGUGACCUGCACCAAGGACGUUUGCCAGCCACACACGGUUCCUGCGACCACUCUUGUUGCUCCUACUACCGUACCGACUCCAGUAGUGGUGACUGUCACCUACGAAACUACAACAUGUCCAGUCAGUCACAUUACUACCACUAGCGGUACCUCAACUAUCACUAUCCCGGUCACCGGAACCAGCACAAUUACUGUGACUGCUGUGACUACAUCGAUCCCUGCUCCUGCUGAGACUACCGUGGUCUCAUCCGCUGGUCCAACAACAGUAGUUGUACCCCCUCCUGCCGGCGCCUCUACCAUCGUUCCCCCAGCUGGCGCUACUACUGUUGUCGUGCCUCCACCUGUUGGUGUGACGACAGCAGUCACUUCUGUUGGCGCCACCACCAUCGUCCCCCCAGCUGGCGCUACUACUGUUGUCGUGCCUCCACCUGUUGGUGUGACGACAGCAGUUACUUCUGUUGGCGCCACCACCAUCGCUCCAGCUGGGCAGUCAUUUACUUCUUCUCCUUCGAUCAGGCCUACGCCUUCUUCUAGUAUCGCCAUUCCGGGCAGACCCGGUUCGACCAGUAUUAACCCAAGCAUCCCUGCCUUUACCGGCGCUGCCUCGGCCGUUAGAGUAGGCAACACUGGCCUGAUCGCCGGCGCCCUUGCUGUUCUCGCAUUUUUCUAA